AUGGUCAGUCAGGAUGUUUUAUGGAAUUUUGAAGACCUUAAAUUGCUAAAAGGUACAGAUUUGCCAAUUUUCGGAGGUGAUAAGUAUCCUUGUAUAAGUUUACAAUUGAGGAGUAUGACAGAACCUAUAAGAGUACUAUCUGGUAUUGACUACUGGCUAGAUAAUUUGAUGGCUCACGUUCCCGAAGUUACUAUGUGUUAUCAUUCAAACUGUUUUGUGCAAAAACACGAGUUAGUGAUGAAUGAGGACUUGCCAAGUUUGAAUGACUCUAAAUGUUCAUCUAAAGUUAUUACACGUGUCGCUCAAAAUGUAUUGUCAUUUUUAAAGUCAAAUACUACUGAACCUGGACAUACAUACUGGUUAUUCAAAGGGGACAAUGAUGAUAUAGUGAAAUUAUACGAUUUGUCUUCAUUAUGUUCUGAAUCAUUGGUCGAAGAGUACUGUGAAGGUCAAAAUCUGUUUACUAUUCCAGUGGCUAUGCUGUUAUAUCAUGUUGCUCUGAAUUUAAAAUACAAUCCAAUAGAUCAGAUGGCAUCUAAUUCAGCUACUAUACAAAUUUUGCUCAAUAAUUGUUUGAAAUUAUUAAACAAAACUAAAUACCCUCAUAUAGUAACAUCUGUUCAUUUUAUGUUAUCCGAUUUCUAUAUUCCAAUUGAUAUUAAUCCCGCAUUAAUUAAACUUAAUGAUAACAUGCUUUUGUCGCCGGAUGUUGAUUCAGAUGAGAAUUUAUCAACUAGAUCUAAUGUUGAGAAAUCUAUGUUUUCUAUCGGUACUAAUGAUUGAUGUUUAUCACACAAAAAAUCAAAAAAAAUCGCAACUAUCGAGAAUCCUCCAUCAGAAAUGAUAGUAAUGACAUUAGAAGAACAUUGUCAAAAAGCUUUAUACAAUGUUGGUUGUGGUUUAAGUUGUUUAUACUAUUUGGAGGAUAUAAAUCAACAGUCAACAAUGAAAAAAGGCCGAAAGAUGAAAAACGUCAAUAAUAGAGGCAAAAAUCAAAAACAUAAUAAAGAAUGUGUAAAUGUUGAAAACAAUGACGAGUAUAAAAAUAACACAUUACUCUGUAAGUCUGUUGCUGAAGUUAUGCCCACUUGGCAUAAUCCACCAAAUCCUCAGGACAAUGAAUCUUGGAAACAACGCCUGAAUAUACUAUUUUAUGAAAAAGCAUGUUUGGCAUACGAUAUAUUAGCUGAAUAUUAUCUAGCACAAGCAAUGUAUGGAAGAGCAUUAAAACAUUAUUGCUAUUUAUUUAAAUGCUGGCUGUGGAUUAUCAAUACCAACUUCAAUAGAAAAAUAGGGUUUCUAUUAAAAAGUUCUGCUGAUUGUUGUUUGUAUAUUUCGCAAAAUUGGGAUAAAGUUCAGCAGUACAGAAUCGAACUAGAAACUGAUGAUAAAUGUGAUUUAAAAAUAAGGAGUUCAUUACAAGACAAAUUCGAUAAUUCUAAACUACAAGAUUUCAAUUUAAUACCAAGAAAUAUUGAGUCAAAAGAAGGUAUAUUGAAUGCAGCAGUUAAUUGUUACAAACGGUCUUUAGAAUAUGAAAUAGACGAAAACAGUAAAAAACAACUGAAUAGAAGAAUUGGAAAUGUAUACUAUGAACUAACAUCAGGAUUCGUAGAUGAAAUAACAAAUGCUUUGAAAAAGCAAUCUAAAAUAACUUCUCCAAGAUUAAAAUGGCUACUAAAAACAUCUAGAAAUUAUUUGUCAAUUGGAAUUAAUAAAUCUGAAAGAUCAUCUGACUUAAUUAACCUCGCGUUGUUAUAUUCAAACAUGGGCCAAUUGUAUCGAUAUACAUCAGAUUAUUUAUUACAAAAUAAUCUUUCUUCUACUGAUUUUAUAAAAGAUAAGGAUUUUAAUAAAAUGUCCGUUGAAGGCUACACGAAAGGCUUGACAGUGUUGGGCAACCGAAGUUUCGAUCCAAAACUUUGGGACUUCAUUUUCUUUGAGGUAUCUACAAUGACUUACAAUAUGGCUAUAAAAUAUCAAGAAAAUCCACCCGAAUACUCAGAUCUAACUGAAGCUAUAAAUGUACUCUUGGAAGCUUUGAAAUAUUGUGAUUUGGAAAAUGAAGUGUCUAAAAAAUCAUACUACGAGUAUCGAGCAGCAGAUAUUCAUGAUCGCCUGGGGUCUUUGUAUUACUGUCGAUUAAGAAAUAUGGAAGUGGAUAUGCCAAUGUUUAAUACUACUCUUAAUCAGUGUACAUCCAAUUAUAAUCAGUCAUUUGAAAUAUUUUUUAAAAUUAAACGUCCAUUAGAGUGUCUAGAACUAAUCAUGAAAGAAAUCGCUGUAGACGAGCUUCAAAUUGAGAGAGCAAAACAUCCUUGGUUUAAAGUGAAGUUUAUCGCGUCUAUUGCACAGAAAUUAGCCGAAAAUUGUAUGUGUGUAUUGCAAAUGCUAUUGGAAAGUAAAUUAGACGAUUGCAAAGAGAAUCAUUCAACAGAUAAUCUUUAUAAACCUUGUCAGAAUAGUAAAGAUAAUCAGGAUACAGAACAGAAGAAACUACAAUUAUUAAAACUCUUAGAAGAUAGAUUGCUACAAAUUUUAAAGUGUAUGAUCAAGCUAUCUAUAACACAACUACCCACGUGA